AUGACUCAAAUUGAGAGAGGAAAUCGAAUAGCGAAGAAGGUAUUCGAUGGUUUUGAUUCUUUGCAUAUCAAGUCAGGAAAACCAAUUAUACGGUCUAAUGGUAUCGCAGAGUGGACUGUUUUAGCUAGUAUAAUUGCUGAGAUAGAAGAUGAGAUACUCCCCAUUACUAUAACAACAGGAGUGAAAGCUUUACCUGACAGUGUACGAAAUUACUCACAAGGAAGAAUUGUACAUGAUCUGCAUGCAGAGAUACUAUCUAUCAGGCUAUUCAAUUGGUAUCUACUUGAGGAAUGUUCUAAAUUGAAACAAGAUGAAAGUUAUAUAUCAAAGUUAGUGGAGACAUCUGAUGACAAUAAGUUCAAGUUGAAAGAAAGUGUUUGUUUGAGUCUACUAAUAACAGAACCUCCUUGUGGAGAUGCUUCUAUGGUUAAAUUGAUCAAUGAAUCAGAAAACUCAGAGAUAUGGUCCGAUAUCCAGCCAAACAAGAGGAUAAAAUUAGAUACUAUGAGAGGCAGAAGUGAUUUUGGGAAAUUAGGAAUAGUGAGAACAAAACCGGGAAGAUCAGAUAGUAUACCUACCUUAAGCAAGUCAUGUUCAGAUAAGCUAUGUUUAAAGCAAAUAACAGGUUUGACUAAUCCAUUUACGUUUGAUUUAUUUCCUAAUGGAGUUUAUUUGGAUAAUUUAAUUCUCAAGAAAGAUAAUUAUACUACAGAAGAUAUAGAUAGAUGCUUUAAAACUCGAAUAAAGUCAUGGGAUGAAUCAAUACAUUCAUUAAAAGUUAUAGAGUAUGAUAUUUCAGAUUUCAAGUAUGCAAAAGAUAACGAUAAACUACCCUCCCCUUUAUCCUUACUAUAUCUUCCUCAAUCAAAAUCUACCCAGGUUUUAAAUAAUGGUGUAAAAAAUGGUUCAUAUAUUAAAAAUAAACCACCUAAAAAGGGUGGAGAAAGCUUUAUUUCUAACUAUGGUUUAUAUAUCAAAAUGGCCAGCUUUCAAAAUUUACCUUAUAAAUCUUAUAUUGAAUUCAAGAAAUCAAAUAAGCAAAGAGAGAAACUUAAACAACAAUCUAAGCAACUUUUAGGGAAUUGGAUUCAUACGUCAGAAGACAACUUUCAAUUUCUGUAA